AGCAUCCCAGACUCUGGUCACAAGUACUACCUGCAGUUCACUACUGAAGACUACAAAAGUGGGGAAAAUGCUGGGAACUGCCUUGCUACAGUGUUGUAUCCGAAGACAAAGUCUCCACCUGUUGUCAGUAUCAAGUGCAUGCAGAGCAAAGACCAGAAGCAAAUCCAGGAAGAGGACAACAGGCUUUACCAAAAAAUCAGGCACCAAACAAAACCAAUAACUGGAAACAAUAUUCCAGACAGCCAUGGCAAUAUUGAACCUGCCCUGGAGCCAGUGUGGGCUUUAGCUGUUGCUGGCAGCAGCUACAUAAUGUGGGAAAAGUCAACAGAAGACAUGGGCUACUUCAUGGCACAAGUGAAGUCUGUGAAGCAAUGGAUAAGGAAAGAUGAUUUUACCGAGUUUGACUACACCAUCCUGCUCCAUGAAAUUCCAACACAGGAAAUUAUUUCAUGUCACAUGCGCCUCACUUGGCUUCCUGGUCAUCCUCUGAAAGUAAAAUACUUCUGUGCUUCCGAAAACCAGGGGCUGGAAGACGGAUCUGGAAUGGAAUCUGGAUCAGCUGCUGGGGUUCUACAUGAAAAGGGACCCAAUUUUUAA